CCUCUCUCCGAUCACACGUCCUCAGGGGGAGGACCAACUGCCACUAAGGUCAGCCGUUAGCCACAGCUAGCAUCAUUGCUACAUGGAUGCUGACAGAUCAGCAAAGUGUGUCCAUUGGCGUUCUCAUAUUUUGACUUCUUCCCUAGUCUUCUUUUAUCCGCAGCCAAGUUCACAUCACGCUCGGUUGCUACUUCUCAGAUCCAUAGAGGCUUUCACAGUUCAUGACACAGGUUGGACAACAGUAAUGGCAUACGGACUGGAUUUUACUGGACGCGUCCCUGAAAUGAACCCGUUUUUCUCAGGACAAUACUGGAGCGCUUCUUGCAGCUUGGACAUGAACAAAAGUGACAAUUACGCACUUGACUCAAGCAGAAUGCACCACACAACGCGCUCUGACGCCAGUCGCCGCCGGAAGCGCACUACUUUCAGCAAGGCGCAGCUGAGCGAGCUGGAGAGGGCCUUCUCUGUCACACAGUACCCUGACAUUAAAAUGAAGGAGUCCCUUGCAUCAAUAACUGGACUACCGGAGUCUAAAAUUCAGGUCUGGUUUCAAAAUCGACGGGCACGCCAUUUCAAGAGCAAGAAACCAAACAAGGAAGUCCCCAAACCCACCUCUGACUACUUUCACCCACACUUUUUCACUACAACUCCCAGCUCCCCAUACCCACGGCUGGUGCCUUCCUUCUCUCCUAGAGCCAGUCUACCGUCUCCUCCUGGCUACCCUGCACCAAGUUUACCGGAGUCCACCAGGCUGUCAUCCAUCCUGGAGAAUCAAGCUAUGUUUCUGCCAGUUCCAAAGCCUUCAUCCCCUGUUUGCGCCAACCAAGCUGCACUCUUCUCCCCUGGAGUUCCCCAGGAUCUGUACAGCCAAGCCCCAGACUAUCCUAAGUACUGUCACGAUGUGUUAACGCACAGUGAGCUCACUUCUUGGGAUCUGACGGAGGACUUUGAGGCUUUCCUCAGGGACACACGGGGACCAGGACCUGAAGGUAGUCGCUGCGCUUCGCUCCGAAAAUCAGGACCAGAGGAGAGUGUUCAAAGUCAUCCGGGGUACCAACGCAUUUACGACGAGCCCAUGGACGAUCUAUCAGAUCUCUGUUUUCCAGAGCUGGGAGACUUCAGAUUGUCGGAUUUGGACAUUUCUGCAGCAAUGAUCGAUUAUCUUCUGAACUGAUUGACAGGCUUUGUCUGGUUAAGCCGUUUUAAAGUAGGCUAUUUAUUUAUUUAUUAUAAAGUGGAUUGCAUUUAAACGAAUUCUCAUGUUAAGAUGUGAAAGUUUAUCAAAAUGGUUAUAUACGCACUGUAGAGUAUUAAAUACGCAUACAAAUUAAAAAAUAUUUUGAAAAUUUUA